AUGGUCAUAAAGAUGCUCAUUGAACUCGACAGAAGAGUGGAUGAACUCAGUGAGAACUUCAGCAUAGAGAUAGAUGACAUUAUAAUCCUUAAAAAGUUAGAAAGUAAAAACACUGAACCAAAAAAGAAUGGAACACAGAACCGUAUAAAAAAGAACCCAAUUUCAAGACAGCGAGCAAAGGCUCAUAGGCAUCACCAGCAAAGAGGAUUCUCAAGAUUCAGAAAGAACACUGAGAAAGGAAAUGAUACAAAACCAUACGAAGAACCCUCUGGAUUCAAGCCCAGACAAAGCUCUUUAAACAAGCAGCCUGUAAAUAAGCAGGAGAAGUGCAAUGAAAAUUCUAAGUCCCAAGCAGAGAAGAGUGGAAGCCAGGCGGAGGGGAACCAGCAUCAACUGGAAGGAUCUCAAGGCCAAUCAUCAGAAAAUCAACACCAUUCAGAGAGAUCUCAUGGCCAGUCGGAGAGUUCUUGUAGCCAGUCAGAGAGUUCUCAUGGCCAGUCGGAAAGAUCUCAUGGCCAGUCAGAAAGAUCUCAUGGCCAGUCAGAGAGUUCUCAUGGCCAGUCAGAGAGAUCUCGAGGCCAAUCCGAGAGAUCUCGUGGCCAGUCACAGAGUUCUAGUGGCCAGUUGGAGAGAUCUCCAGGCCAAUCCGAGAGAUCUCGUGGCCAGUCAAAAGAUCUCGUGGCUACACAGAAAGAUCUCGUGGCUACAGAGAGAGAUCUCGUGGCUACACAGAGAGAUAUCAUGGCUACACAGAGAGAUCUCAUGGCUACACAGAGAGAUAUCAUGGCUACACAGAGAGAUAUCGUGGCUACAGAGAGAGAUCUCGUGGCUACACAGAGAGAUCUCGUGGCUACACAGAAAGAUCUCAUAGCCAAUUAG